CCGGUAGCGCGGAGUUAGAUCCCGGGUGUGCACACCCUUGCGGCGAGAAAGGAAGAAACCCCCGGCAAUCCCACGCCCCUCCUCCUGCGGAGCCCUCGGGUGAGGCAGGUUGAAAAGGAGACUGGGCCAGCGAGAGUACUACGUACUCCCCUCCCCCUUGCCACGGGCUUGGCUCGCUGCUCGCCUCCUGCCGGCUCCCGUUUGUGCAUGCAUGCAUGCCCGGAGCCGAGCCUUGCAGCGCGAGUUGCGGCCAGGGCCCCAUUGCGUGUGGCGUUCUUCGGGGGAGUCGUAUGUUGUUUUGUCUGCGGCCCGUUGCUGCGACGGAGAACGGUGGAAAGAGGAGGAGGAGGAG